AUGAGGGAACUGUGUGACCGAGAGGAGCUGCACCUGCCCUGCUCCACCUCCGGGCAGAAGUGGCAGUGUGUGGAGGACUCCAGCGGGAAAUUGCGCUUGUUUAAGUGUAAAACAGAAACUGGGCCCAAGAACAUUUUUUCUAACAACCGACCAAUCAGCUUCAAGGGCCACCGUUACCAGGACGACGACUGCGACUGUGACCUCCGCACUCUGCCUUUUGCAAAAUCCAAGACCAAAAAGUCUUUCAGUAAACCCUUCUUUAAAAAGCAGAUGAAGUUUCUGAAGAGUUUCUCCACAACCCGCUACAGCCGCUCAAUCAGUAACUCUUUACCCGGUGACAGUAACCACGGCGACCACGUCUUCCUUCUUGACCGUGGAGUCCAGGGCAAUGGCAGCUGGGGAGAGGGAGCAUGGGCCAAGUCCGACAGAGAGACGGACAUGAGCGGGUCUGGACCGGCUCCUGAGGACGCUGUGAAGGUUACACAACGGUGUGUGAUUCUGUCCAACUCCAGUGUGAGCUGUGACUCCAGACUCUACAAGAACCUGCAGGAGUGGAAGGACCACAAGCUCACUGUGGACCACCAGAUUGAGACGCUUCAGUCAAAGAUCAAAAAUCUCCGAGAAGUCAGAGGUCAUCUAAAGAAGGCCCGGCCCUUCAAGUGCGACUGCAGGCGGCACUUGUCAGUCAAACAGUUGGCAAAGUUGAAAUUGAAGAAAAAACUAAAGAAACGUCAUCCCUUCAGAAAAGGUUUGUCCAAAGGAAAGUGGGCGUGGCUUGAGAAGGAGCAGAGACGAAGGAAGAAAAUUAGGAAAAUGAUCAAACGAUUAAAAAACAACGACACUUGUUCAAUGCCCGGGCUCACCUGUUUCACCCACGACAAUGAGCACUGGGCCACGCCCCCUAGCUGGACACUGGGUCCAUUCUGCGCCUGCACCAGUGCCAACAACAACACAUACUGGUGUCUCCGAACCAUCAACCAAACUCACAACUUCCUCUUCUGUGAGUUUGCCACUGGUUUCCUGGAGUACUUUGAUCUUACUAUUGACCCUUACCAGCUGAUUAAUGCAGUGUCGACUCUGGACAGAGGGGUCUUGAACCAACUCCACGUGGAGCUGAUGGCGCUGCGUGCGUGCAAAGGACACCGACAAUGUAACCCCAAAGCCGACAAGCAAGAGAGGCGGGGCCACAGUGAGUCUGAUUCCCACAGAUACAGCCCUGACAGAUCUGUGGAGAGACUCAAGAAAUGGCCCAAAGUCCGGAGACCUUCGUACAAACCUCUGUGA